CGCACUAGCGGGGUCUGAAUUUGAAGACUCAGCUUUCUCCACACAUAUUUAAAAGGCGUUGAUCUUCCCCUUGGGUUAAAAGUAGCCUUUUACGAGUUUUACGUCUAGCUUAGCAACGUCUGUAUAUGCUGACGACCCGCAAUGGCACCUAACCUGAUUUUUGGAGCCGGUGGCAUCGGCACAACUGCAGACUCCUUUACCUAUACAUGGGAUACCCCAGCGAAGGUGUCUGAGCUUCUCCAUGUGCUUCAAAUGCUUGGCAUUCACGAACUUGACUCUGGAGCCUCAUAUCCACCCGGAAAUCCGUGGAAUAGUGAAACACUUCUUGGUGCGAGUCAGGCAGCGAAAAAAGGAUUUAUCAUUGACUCGAAAAUUUUGCUUCCCAAGCAAGGCCCAUCACUGAAUGCUGAGAAUAUGGCCGCUAGCAUUGAUCGUACAUGCGAACUACUGAGUGUAGAUAAAGUUAGAACUUUAUACGCACAUAUGCCGGAUCCAUCUGUCUCUUUACGAGAACAGGCGGCAAACUUUCAUCAGCAGUUCUUGGAAGACAAAUUUGAGCGACUUGGCCUGUCAAACUAUUCAGCUGAACAAAUGGGUGAAUACUUCGAAAUAUGUGAACAAUACAACUAUGUGAAACCUUCAGUCUAUCAAGGCUGUUAUAAUGCCUUGUAUAGAGGAGUAGAAAAGAAUUUGUUGCAAAUCCUUCGACAACAUCAUUGUGCAUUUUACGCUUAUAGCCCACUUGCCGGUGGCUUCUUGACAGGCAAAGUAACAUUUGCGUCAGUCAGUCCGGAUCCCAAUAACCUUAAACGCACACGAUGGAAAGGUGCAAGCGUCAUGCCGCAAUAUCAAACGGCUUUUGAUAAGCCACCUAUGCAUAACGCCAUUCGACGUUUGGAAGUGAUCUGCCAAGAGGCAAACCCGAAGCUGACUCUGCAGGAAGCGGCGCUACGUUGGCUCGUGUACCAUUCAUCAUUGCAAGAUUGUGAUGGAGUUAUUAUAGGUGCUAAGCAAAUUGAGCAGCUGAAGUCUAAUGUGGCGGAUAUUCGAAGGGGUCCGUUGGAAAACAAAGAGGCAAAAGCUAUCAGCGAUUUAUGGGCCGCUAUCGACGAGGUAGAGGAUAGCCUAUUUUGACUAUUGCUUCGGUUAAAAGCUGAUUGCGCUUCUCGCUGUCAAGAAGAGGCCUGUAAUAUACAUACAUUGAGGCAUGACUGGAGAUGGUUCCCAUCCUUAGUAGCUAUAUCAAAGAUAACUAAAUUCUGGAUUCAGACAUUAGGCCAAGUUAAACUUGUCUCUUCAGCUAUCAAGUAAUCACAAAUAUAUAUUAUUACCAUCGG